AUGGAGCCCGGUACGCCGACGCACUUCAACGCGAUCAUAGUCGGUACAGGAUUGACCGAAUCAGUCGUCGCAGCGUGAGUUUCGCACUGUCUACUCCCGAGCUACAUGCUUGAUCCUGUUGGCUCUCCGCUGAGUGCGGCUCGAGCUCCCAUCGACGACUGACUUGGCUCUUGCCUUCCUUCGACCGAGCAGCGCCUUGUCAAAAUCCGGGUAUUCGGUCUUGCAACUCGACCAAUCCAGCAACUACGGCGAUCAAUGGGCCUCGUUGUCGCUACAAGAAUUGAGCGAAUGGGCCUCUGCAGCGCCUGGUGCGUCGACGAGUCCGAGCGCACCCCCCACGGACCUCCUCCCCACCGGCCAACGCUUCGCCCUGUCUCUGUUUCCGACCUUGUUGCGAGCGACCGGUCCGGCGAUCGACGUUCUUGUGCGGAGUAAGGUCGCUUCGUACCUCUCGUUCGGCAAAGUCAGCGGUGUAGGGCUGUGGAGUUGGUCCGAGCACGACGAUGGCGAUGACGAAGCAACCAAUGAGAUUGCGAAACCUCACGGCAAGGGCAAAGGGAAAGGCAAGGUUGAACCCGUGCCAUCGAGCAAAGCCGACGUCUUCAACCACGAGACUCUUUUCUUGAUCGAGAAACGCCGCUUGACCAAAUUGUUGCUGCUCGCGGCGGGUCAAGAGUCACUCGCCGACGAUCCAAGAUUGAGCGGUCAGUUCAAUCCGAACUGUCUCGGGGACCGGCAUGAGGAGACUACCGGCUUAUGAGAUUCCAUCCUCAUAUACAUGUAGACCCCGAUUUGACUCUUCAAGAUUGUCUACAAAAGACGUUUUCGCUCUCGUCGGAAGUGUCGAGCUCGCUGGCGUAUUCGCUCGCUCUAUGCACUUCGGAUCGAGGUGAGUCACGUGACCCUCAUUCGAGGUCGACCUUGCGCUGACCCAGCUUUGUGGUCCAUUCUUGUCUUUCAGACCUUGCGCUACCGGCACUUGAGCGACUACGAACAUUCAUACACUCGUCGGGGCGGUAUGGUCCGUCCCCCUUCCUCGUCGGCCACUACGGUGGCGCGGGCGAUCUCGUCGGUGGUUUCUCACGGUGAGUCCGAGACAAUUCUUUCAGGUCAAAGGUUUCGUGGGUCCCCCGGAGGCUGAUUGUGGCUUUCUCUACGAGAUUCUGACAGGAUCUGUGCUGUCUGGGGUGGCGGACAAAUCCUCGGACGACCCAUCGGACCCCUGAUCCUCGAUGCGAAGCCAGGGAUCGUCGUUCCUACGGCCCAGUCUCCCUUCUUCGUUCACGCUUCCCAACCUCCCCCGCCUGCCGCGCCUUCAACCUUCGCCGACGACACUAUACCACAUAGUGCUUUGGGCGUCCCCGUUCGGAUCGAGAAGGAUCAACCCGCGGACGUCUUUACGGCCGAUUGGAUCAUCACGGCCCAGUCCCAUGUUUCCAUUUUGUUUCCUGAGGAGAUACGGACGACCCCUGGUGAAGGAGGAUCGUCCGAUAUCGAUUCCGUCCACGCCAUCGUCAUCCUCCCUGACGCGAUCCCUUUUCCGAAUCCGAAACGGAACCAAGGGGCCGAAGGAGAGGAAACACAGGAUGUGGACCACGUCCCUGAUUCGAGCGUGUUCGUGUUUUCGCCCAAGGAGUUGAGUGACGAGUUGGGCACGGUCACGGCCUUGCAAGUCGGACCGGGGACGUUCGCGUGUCCUUCUGGAUCCUGUGAGUCCUUGGACCAGGGAUGACCGUCCGGUGACGACGAGACGUAGGUUUGCUGAUCGUUCUCGCCGUCUGCCUCAUGUCCGCCAGUCGUGCUUUAUCUCGAUGCACCGGUCCUCACAGCUACUAAUCGUGACACUGCUGCUCUUCUCUCCCCUUACCUCGACGCAUUGCUCGCCUUGAGUUCAUCGGACAUCUCCCCGCGGUACAGCGUCUUUUACGCCUCCUCCAAACCGCCUGAACCGACAUCGUCCGUCCCUCGGAAUUUUUUGGUCGUCCCACCUGUUCCUAGCUCGGGUAAGACGGAUCGGUUAGCCACUGCGUUGGAUGAGGCGGUAAUGGAAGCCGAGAGGGUAUUUUGGACCGUCGUGGGUGAGGAAGGGAGGAAGGAAGGGGUCGAAUUUUUCGAGCAGGGGCAGGUCGGCGUGGGGGAGGAGGAUGAGGACGAGCAGUAG